GCGGAUUGCCACACGGAAGUUGGAAGUACAAUUUUGUCAACAGUCAAUAAACGACGUUUGCAGUGGAAGUGAAAUGUGAUAAAAAUCUAAAAAAUAUGGCUCGAAGGAAGGGUCAACAUCCUGAUUCAUUUAUAAAUGAGCUGGAUUAUUCAAUUACCUAUCAAAUUGUUCAGAACUUUGACGUUGACAGAAGUUGGGAACUAUUGGCUGCAGCAGUGGGCUAUGCGACUCGAGACAUUCAGCAGUUUGAGCUGGAGCUUCACAGACCUCACGGCAGCCCCACAAAGAAGUUGCUCUGGGACUGGGGGUCGAGAGGGGGCACCAUCCGGGAACUGUAUGACAAGCUGGCCCAGAUCAACAAGACACAGAGCAUGAGGCUUCUAGAGAACAUCAUGCGCCAGGACUCUGAACGUGCGCAGGCUCAGUCCGAGUAUGAGAAGAAGAUGGACAACAGCGCCGCCAGCAUCGAAUCAAAGAGCGACAACUACUCCAUGUACAGAGGCAUGGAGUCAAUGGCCUAUAACCCAGAAAUUCUUCCCAUCCCGUCCAUGAAGAGGGAGAACAUGGACAUAAACCUGAACAUGCCAGACAGCCAAGACAAGGCACGAACCAAGGCAAUGGGGAUGUUUGACAUGUCCCCCGGGUCAAAGGCCAUGGGCAUGUUUGACAUGUCUCCGGGGGCAACGUCCCCUUGUGUAGUACAGGUCUGCAUGGCUGACAGCCCCAUGAAGAGCAACAUGGGAGCAGCCUCUCCAGCCAUGCCGUCAUUUGAGCGCGUCAAGUCAGUGGUCGAGGAUGGUGCCCGGUCGCCGCACAUGUGUGACCUGAGUUUGGAAGAGCGGGAGAUGGCGCAAGCCCUGCUUAGCGUACCCGCUUACACGUACAAGGAACUCAGCCAGGCUACGGACGGGUUCAGCGCCUCCCGAAAGCUUGGUCAGGGAAAGUAUGGUGUUGUCUAUAUGGGCACUGUAAAGAACACGAAAUGUGCGGUGAAGAAACUUAUCAGGCAAAAACAAGAUGAGGCGAUGGCCUAUCACAUGUGCUCAGAGCUGAAGGCACUAAGUCGCUACCACCACGAGAAUCUAGUGACCUUGUAUGGUUACGCUCUCGAUAACGACGAAGUCUGUCUUGUGUACCAGUACCUGGUUAAUGGAUCCUUGCAUGAUAACCUCCACUUGAAGAAAUCUCCAGUUUUGUCGUGGGAGAGGCGAGUAUCAAUCUUAAAGGGAGCAGCCUGUGGUCUUCAGUUUUUACACAGCGUUGAUAAAAAACCUGUCAUACAUGGAGAUAUUAAAAGUUCCAAUAUUCUGCUGGAUCAGUAUUACGAGGCAAAGAUUGGUGACCUGGGGCUAGCACAGCAGGCUACUGGCGGUGAGGUGACGGGGAAAAUGACUCACAUUACCAAGAAGAACACGAGCGCUCAGGACUACACAAACAUGGCUUAUUAUGCGCCUGAGAUUAAACGUGGAAACGUGUUCUCAGUCAAAGGAGAUACUUAUGCCUUUGGAGUGGUGAUGUAUGAAGUCCUAACUGGGGAGCCAGCCUAUGAUGACAGGAAGGAAGGGGCUGUUGGGGACAAGUACCUGGCAAGUUACAUUGAGAAUGCAUUGGAGGAAUCACCAGACAUGGAUGUGCAGAAAUGUUUCCAGGACAGGAAACUGAAGGAAGGAUUUCCGUCCGAUACAUUUCAAACGCUGUUCCAGUUAGCAGGAAAAUGUGUGAAGACCUUAAAGAAGGAUCGCCCAUCAAUGGUUGAGGUGUUCACAGAAAUUGAACCCUGUGUCUUGCCAGACUACGUCAACAUUCAAGACCUGAAGACCAAAAAUGAUUCAGUUGACCAAGAAACCAAGGUGGGACAGGACUGCAAAAAUGUUGAUUCCUCCCUGCCCUUAAAUGUGUCGUUUACCAGCCAGGGGUCAAUGGGGUCGAACCUGAAAGCACCCCCAGAGCCACCCCGCCCGGUCGGGAAUCAGCUUAAGAGUCCAGUGGACUUGCUGCCCAAAAACCAACCAAUUCCAGAGGCAUUUCGGCUGCAGAUUGAGCUCGAUAAGAAGAAAGAGAAAUUGGCUCAUUAUGAAAACAUCGGAAAAGUGGCGGAUAAUUUUGAGAAAUGCAGUCUUGAAGAGGGGAUGUAUAAGUCAGAUACAAAAAAGUUGGCUGAAAUUGAGAGAUCUGACAGAGAAUUUGACUGUCAAAAAGUGAAAACUGAAAAAAGUUAUGUCUUGGAGACUGGUGACUUUAACAUCCAAAAGCAGCAGUUUUUGGUUUUGAAAGACAGCAACCAUGGUCAUGUUUUACAUGUUGAUGAAAAGUUACUGGAGUCUGAACAACAAGUUGCUUUUGUGAAAAAUGCCUCCCUAAAGGACUCUCAUGACUACGUGAAUAUUCCUCAGACCGUCAACAGCCUGUUGGAAAAAGAUGCCCAAGAAAAUAAAGACUCGCUUUAUUCUGGCGAGGGUCAGAAGCCAGUUGAACAUGACGAUAAUACUAUUGAGAGUGCACUGUCUUCACUAUCUGGGGCAUGCAGCUUGCCGUGCCCGGAACCAGAUCCGGUCGACAACAUAAACCGGGAACUUAAUGAAAUUACUAAAAAGGCUAAAAAUCUUAACAACUUCUUGCCAGGCUUGUUUGACACGUUUGAUUGGGCAAAGAAAGAACAGAACCUUAACAAUACAGAGGGUUAUGAUGAGAUGGAUUUGGAUGAGGAGUUUGAAUUUCAAUUUGGCGAGACUGUGGAUUCUGACCAAAGCACUCUCAUGAACAGUGAUCAUGAAGCAUACAACAGCCAAGAUAUUGAUGAUGACGAUCUGUUUACAUCAGUCGGUCCCAGUUAUGAGAACGUACCUGGUAAAAUCUCCAAUUGUGAAACUAAAAACAACAUCGACAAACAUCGUGACAGAUUGAAUGUCUACCAGGAAAUGGCCAUAGAGUAUGAAAAUGAUGAAAAUGACGACGACUUGCAGGAAAGGGCUGUGCACAAUAACACAGAUGAACCUUGUGGGGAAAAUCAAAACAGCGAAGACAAUUCAAUAAAAAGUGUUCAUCUGCCAGAGCAUUUUCCAUUUAAGAAACAACCGUCCAGCAAAUUGGCAGACUUUCCGAAAUCUCAAAUUGGCAAAGUACAGGGGGGUGCAGAGCACAAUAUUGGUGCAGGGCAAGGCCAUGUCAAUUCAAGUAUGAUCCAGUACCUACAAAAGUCACAAAUAAGGGUUGCAAGCGAAGGGGAUUGCCCAGAAUAUGUGUAAUUUUGUAGACCUAUUGCUGCAUAUUGAAGGGUUCAUAUAGUAAUUUCACGGUGGCAGCAUUUCUGUCAAGUAAUUAACAUUCUUUUGUUAUGUUGUUUGAAAAAAAAAAGAAGACAAUAUAUAUAUUUU